UUCUUUUCCAAGACAACUUAGAUUUCAACUUUCCAAGUUCCCGUCUUUUUCUUCAAGGUUUCUGUAGAGAAUGAAAGACCCCAUCCCUUUUGAAAUUCCCAUUUGAUCCCUAUUUUUUCUUUUUUGACCCAUUUUUCUUUAGCAAGGAAUCUCUGAGUCCUAUGUGAGUGUUUGUCACAGAGAAAAAUAAAAAAUAAAAAAAGGGGGGAGUCUUGUUGGAGAAAAGUUAUCUGACUGCAUUUUUUUUGUGGAAAAAGCGCCAAAUUUGAUUAGAUUUGGAUCUGAUCAUUGAAUUUUAGAUACAGUGGGGUUUUUUGGAUCAAGAAGAUUUUAAGAGCAGCAAGACAGAGAAAAAUUCAAUGGGGGUGGAUUACUAUAGCAUAUUGAAGGUGCAGAAGAACGCCACCGACGAUGAUUUAAAGAAAGCUUAUAGGAAGUUGGCAAUGAAAUGGCACCCUGACAAGAACCCCAACAACAAAAAAGAAGCCGAAGCCAAAUUCAAGCAGAUCUCCGAGGCUUAUGAGGUCCUGAGUGACCCUCAAAAAAGGCAGAUUUAUGAUCAAUAUGGGGAAGAAGGGUUGAAGGAUAUGCCACCGCCUGGAAGUAACGGUUUCCCAUUUGGACAUGGCAGUGGCGGUAACUCUAGUGGAUUCAAUCCUAGAAAUGCAGAGGACAUCUUUGCAGAGUUCUUUGGAAGUAGUCCUUUUGGAUUUGGGUCAUCAGGAAUUGGGAGGUCUUCAAGAUUUCAGUCAGAAGGAGGGGGAAUGUUUGGAGGAUUUGGUGGGAGCGAGAAUAUUUUUCGAUCAUAUAGUGAGGGUGGCAUGCCUAAGAAACCAGCACCCGUGGAAAGCAAAUUGCCUUGCAGCCUUGAGGAACUAUACUCUGGAUCAACGAGGAAAAUGAAGAUCUCAAGGACAGUGGUUGAUGCCAAUGGACGUCAAGUUCCAGAAACAGAAAUAUUAACAAUUGAUGUGAAGCCUGGAUGGAAGAAGGGAACAAAAAUCACUUUUCCGGACAAAGGGAAUGAGCAGCUAAACCAGCUGCCAGCAGACCUUGUGUUUGUGAUCGAUGAGAAGCCCCACGACUUUUACAAGAGAGAUGGUAAUGACCUCAUUGUGAACCAAAGGAUCACACUGGCUGAGGCACUGGGUGGAACAACUGUAAAUCUUACAACACUCGACGGUCGUAAUCUAUCACUCCCAGUGACUGACAUUGUGAGCCCUGGAUACGAGCUUGUUGUUUCCCAGGAAGGAAUGCCAAUAGUGAAAGAACCUGGUAGCAGAGGUGAUCUGAGGAUCAAAUUUGAAGUAAAAUUCCCUACACGAUUGACACCAGAGCAACGCGCAGGACUAAAACGAGCUUUGGGAGGUUGAAGAUUGAUUGCUUUUUGUCUUGUUUUACAUGGAAAUCAGCCAGCAACUUGGACAUCAAUGAAUGCUUGAAACACAAAGCUUGAUUUUUUUAAGCACAGGCUGAGGUGUCUAUAUGGCACAGAGAAAAAUGCUGUCAUAUUUGAAUUGUCUAUAUUUUGUGCGCCCCAAAAUGUCAAUUGUCUAUCUGUUCAGCUGUUAAUUCUUUGUAUUUUUUUCUGUCUCUGUUGUUUGUUUUCUCUGAUUGAUCAAUUGAAUUUGUAAUAUUUGGCAAUAUUAUUGCAUGUGCUUGGUGUAGCCUUGCUGGAUGAUGAAUUCUUCUAUCAAGAAAAUUAUUUUUGUAUGAAACAGCUUUUUUCAGCA